UUGUGAGCCUUAAAGCAAGUAAUAACCAAAAUCAACGAGGCGUGUCCCAAGCUUCCUUACUGUUGCUUCCGUUUUGUCAACGGAAUUAACUCAUUCUUCUCUUCCUCUACCAUCCACCACUCACUCACUUUCUUCAACAUUUAUGUUCAUACCACUCUGAAAACCAAAACCGGGUCACUUCCAAGUUCUUCUCCUUUCCUCUGUUCUCAGUUUGGUCCAACUCCAUCAAAUUUUUCUUCACCCAAAUGGAUCAAGGAAGAGAUUCUGCACUUACCCAGAUGAGGAAAUCCGUUGAGAAGCUUGGUUCUUCUGCAGAGGGGUAUGGGGACCCUACGUUGAUGAGGUUUUUGAUAGCUCGAUCGAUGGAGGUGGAUAAAGCAGCAAAGAUGUUUCUGCAGUGGAAGAAGUGGAGGUCUGCCAUGGUGCCAAAUGGAUUCAUUUCAGAAUCUGAAAUUCCGGAUGAAUUGGAAGCAAGGAAGAUCUUCUUGCAGGGGUUGUCUCAGGAUAAAUUCCCUGUCAUGAUUGUUCAAACCAACAGACAUUUUGCUUCCAAGGAUCAGAUUCAAUUCAAGAAAUUUGUUGUAUAUCUACUGGACAAGACAAUUGCAAGUGCUUUCAAAGGAAGGGAGAUAGGAACUGAAAAGUUGAUUGGAAUUAUUGAUCUGCAGAAUAUUUCAUAUAAAAAUAUUGAUGCACGUGGGUUAAUCACAGGUUUUCAAUUUUUACAGGCUUACUACCCAGAACGUUUAGCAAAAUGCUAUAUGUUACACAUGCCAUGGUUUUUUGUGAGUGUUUGGAAACUAGUUUCUCGCUUCCUAGAGAAGGCUACAUUAGAAAAGAUUGUAAUUGUAUCCAAUGAGGAUGAGACAAGGGAGUUUGUAAGAGAGGUUGGUGAAGAAGUUCUCCCAGAAAUGUAUGGUGGAAGAGCUAAGCUUGAAGCUAUCCAAGAUGUUGAAUUGCCACCCCUAGAAAACGGAACAACAAACUGAUUAAUAUGAUUGCGCAUACAGUCAUUGAGGAGUCUUGUAGGGGGCAUCUGAUGCUUAAAGUCUAACCCUGUCAUCUAUUAGAACUUCCUUUCCCAGAAACAUGUUUAAUAAAAGCUAAUCUUGUCAAAAUAAUAAUUUCAUAAUUCAUCUCUUAUCCAUUCAAUUUUACA